AUGGAUAACGAUAAAUUGAUCAGCCUUGUGUACGAGAACAGGUGUUUGUGGGAUAUGAGAGACAAAAAUUACCAUAACAGAGAUAUUUCUCUGCAAAAGUGGGAGAAGAUUGCUACAGAACUCAACACUAGCAGUGAAUCAGCCAAAACUAAGUGGCGAGGUUUGAGGGACACAUUUCGCAAGGAACUGGCCAAGAAUCCUACAAAACGGAGCGGAGACGAAGGAGGAAUCAUCAAAGAGUAUAAAUGGGCCUAUUUCAAAACCAUGGAGUUUCUGAAGGACCAAUUUCAAAAAAGAAAAUUGCAGGGCAAUGUCCCGAGUGAGGCAACAUUUGAUGAAGACACACAGAAUUCAACUACUAUUUUUUCCCCAGAUCCCCCUGAAAUCGAACCAGAAUCACAAACACAAACUGGCGAAUCACCUCAGAACACAACGAAUGAAACGCCACCACAAAACUUUGCUGCUCCUUAG